CGAACAGGCGAACACCCUUUUCGAGUCCGCUGGCCGUCCGAAACCACUAAACUUUCCCCCCAUUCUUUAAUUCGAAUGAUCCCCCUUUGUUUGCCGAUCUACGACUCCAUGAGGGUCCCUGGUCCCAUACCACUCUUCCUCCCCCGGAGACCAAGAGGAAGGCGAAGUCGAAGAGAUCUGAGAAGAAGAAGGAAGUUCCGGUCGCGAUGCCGGAGGCGAGGAACCGGGCGGUGCGGGGAGGAGGGGCGGCGGCGGGCGAGAUCGCCGGCGGAUUCUUUAUCCGGAGGGGAGCGUCGCCGGUAACGGAGGCAACGCCGGUGCGGGUCGCGCGCCGAGGGCUCGCGGAUGGCAAGGAGAACAUCCCGCCGUGGGCCGCGACUCGGAGGAGGAAGAGCCCGCUGCCGGUAUGGUACCCCCGGACGCCUCUUCGGGACAUCACCGUCAUCGUCAACGCUUUGCAGAGGAGAAGGCGCCGUUUGCGAGCAGCUCGGGCUCAGCGGAGGGAUGUUGAUUCUGUAGCAACUCCCCAACCGACAAUGCCCACAAACCCCUUGCUGCAGGAACCAAGUGCUUCUGAACAGACUCCACAUGAACCAAGUGCUUCUGAACAGACUCCAGUCAACCAAUACCUCCCAUCUGAUAUUUCUGAUACCUCCUCAAUUCCGGCGGUGACAAGUUUUACGUCCGCUUCUCCAAUUGGGCAUCCAGUGCAGGCGUCUUCCUCUUCCAGUUCACUUUCUCCCGCUGAGCACUCACGACAGACCAUAUCUGCUUCCAGCAAUCUGCCACCUGAUGAUUCGAAGCCUACCGAGGAUGAAAGGAAGCCAUCAUGCUCAAUUGAACAUCCACUGCAGACAUGUUCUUCUUCCAGUUCCCUUUCUCCCGCUGAGCACCCAGCACAGACCGUUCUUCUUUCUACCAAUCUUGCACCUCAUGAUUUGAAGCCUGCUGAGUAUGUUAAGAAGUUGUCGAGCUCAAUUAAUGAUCCAGUGCAGACAUCUUCCUUUCCCAGUUCCCUUUCUUCAGCUGAGCUGCCACGCCAGACUGUAUUCGUUUCUACCAAUCAAGCACCCCAUUGUUCAAACCCAACUGAAUAUGAGAAGAAGCUGUCGAGCUCUAUUGAUGAGAUUGAAAGAGUAGUGAAAAAAAAUCUGGAGAGGACCACGAACGUGCCAGCCAGGAAGAACGCUCAGAAGAGCACUCUUAUGUCGCUGCGAUGAACGAAACAAUUCGUUUCAUGGAUUGAAGUGAGAAAAAAUUUGGAGGAGAUUUAUCAUUCUGAUGAGAUUUUUUUUCCUGUCCCAUCUGCUGAUAAGUCAGUAAUCUUGCUGCCUUCAUUUCCUUAGCACCCUGCCAACUUAGAUCAAUUUGGUCUUGGGAUUCUGCUGCUGUUCUUCCUCCGUCAUCCAAGUUUCUGCUGGGACUUAGAUUCAGGUGUUUGUUCUGACCUCUGUACAUGUAGAGAUGUUUCCUAAUUUGCUGCUACAGUAGCACCUUGACCAUUUCUGAUGUGUUCUCUCUUUAUUUUGGGUUUCUGCUGGACUUAGGAUCAGGUAUCUGUUUGUUCUGACCUCUGUACUUGUAGGGUGGUUUCCUGGUUUGAUACUAGAGAAGGACCUCCCGGUAUCUGCUGUGUUCAGUCUUUGUUUUGAGUUUGUGCUGCUGUAGUGGGAUUAGGUACCGUGUCCAACCUCUUGUCCAUUUAGGUCCAUUUUGGUUUUGUUACAUGAGAAGGCCUUUCAUAACAUAGACAAUGUAUCGUUCCCUUUGGUUAUAAAAAGAAAAUAACAAUGCUUUUUGAG